CAUCUUGCUGUGGCCCGUGUUCGGGGUUGGUGCCCUAUAAAUAUGAGUGCUGAAAGUCCAAAGAAAACAUCGGGCAAUAAUAUUAUAACCAACUUCCAAGCCAUAGUAGAAAAAUGUCUGUUCAGUCUUCAGUGGUACUUCUUGCUCCAUCUAAAAACCUCAGCCCUGAGGUUGGCCGGCGCUGUGCAAAUUUUCAUCCCAGCAUUUGGGGGGAUCAUUUCCUUUCUUAUGCUUCUGAAUUCACAAACACUGAUGAUCAUUUGAAGCAACAUGUCCAACAGCUGAAAGAAGAAGUGAGGAAGAUGCUAAUGGCUGCUGAUGAUGAUUCUGCGCAAAAGUUGCUCUUGAUUGAUGCAAUCCAACGGCUGGGAGUUGCUUACCAUUUUGAGAGUGAGAUUGAUGAAGUAUUAAAACACAUGUUCGAUGGUUCCGUUGUCUCUGCUGAAGAAGAUGUUUAUACUGCUUCUCUCCGAUUUCGGUUACUAAGACAACAAGGGUACCAUGUCUCAUGUGCAGAUUUAUUCAACAACUUCAAGGAUAAUGAAGGAAACUUCAAGGAAUCCCUCAGCAGCGAUGUGCGGGGAAUGUUAAGCUUGUAUGAAGCCACACAUUUCAGGGUGCAUGGAGAAGAUAUAUUAGAUGAAGCACUUGCUUUCACUACCACUCACCUUCAGUCCGCCACAAAGCACUCUUCAAAUCCUCUUGCUGAACAAGUAGUUCAUGCCCUGAAGCAGCCCAUCCGAAAGGGGUUACCUAGGCUAGAGGCCAGGCAUUAUUUUUCUGUGUACCAAGCAGAUGAUUCUCAUAACAAAGCUCUGCUGAAGCUAGCAAAGUUGGAUUUCAACCUAUUACAGAAAUUACACCAGAAGGAGCUAAGUGACAUUUCCGCGUGGUGGAAAGAUUUAGACUUUGCACACAAGCUUCCUUUUGCAAGAGAUCGGGUGGUGGAAUGCUACUUUUGGAUAUUGGGGGUGUACUUUGAGCCCCAGUUUUUCUUCGCUAGAAGGAUUCUCACUAAAGUAAUAGCCAUGACCUCUAUUAUUGAUGACAUCUAUGACGUGUAUGGUACACUUGAAGAACUCGAGCUCUUCACCGAAGCAGUUGAGAGGUGGGAUAUCAGUGCCAUAGAUCAACUGCCAGAGUACAUGAGAGUGUGUUAUCAAGCACUCUUAUAUGUAUACAGUGAAAUUGAGGAAGAAAUGGCCAAGGAAGGAAGAUCGUAUCGGCUCUACUAUGCAAAAGAAGCAAUGAAAAAUCAAGUAAGAGCAUACUAUGAGGAAGCCAAAUGGCUUCAAGUGCAACAAAUUCCAACCAUGGAGGAGUACAUGCCUGUGGCGUUAGUUACCUCUGCAUACUCAAUGCUGGCGACCACAUCGUUUGUUGGAAUGGGAGAUGCUGUGACAAAAGAAAGCUUCGAUUGGAUUUUCAGUAAGCCUAAGAUUGUAAGGGCUUCAGCCAUAGUUUGCAGGCUCAUGGAUGAUAUGGUUUCCCACAAGUUUGAGCAGAAGAGAGGACAUGUUGCCUCAGCUGUUGAAUGUUACAUGAAGCAACAUGGUGCGUCGGAGCAGGAAACGCACAACGAAUUUCACAAACAAGUAAGAGAUGCAUGGAAGGAUAUCAAUGAAGAGUGCCUCAUCCCAACAGCUGUCCCAAUGCCCAUCCUCAUGCGAGUUCUAAAUCUCGCACGUGUUAUAGAUGUUAUAUACAAGAAUGAAGAUGGCUAUACUCAUUCUGGGACUGUUCUAAAGGAUUUCGUAACUUCCAUGCUAAUUGAUCCUGUGCCAAUAUGAGGUUGGAAUUAGCUAGCUUUGCCAUCCUCCAUAAAUAAACUGGAACCUUCUCUCUGCUGCUUGCUUGGAGAGAUCUUAUAUUGCAUUUUAAUCUACUUUCUGUAAUAUGUAACUGGAAGUUUGGUUCAAAUUUUAAGAACGUUGGUUUAUGAUACCUUUAAAUCACAAA